CACGCCUUCACUUCAUUACUCACCCACUCACUCACUCGCUCACUCACUCUCUCCUCUCGCUCUCACUCACUCUCUCUCUCAUUUGAUCUCCUUUAUCGUUCCAUUUCCUCCAUGGACUCCAGCACACUCAACUGUUCUUCAAUGCUUCUCUUCAUCUCAGUGUUUGUAUUUCCGGCAAUGGUCGCUGCCGUUGGCAUCAACUACGGCCAAAUUGCAAACAACCUACCGUCUCCGGAAAAUGUGUUUCCGCUGGUACGAUCGAUCGGCGCGACGAAAGUGAAGCUUUACGACGCAGAUCCACGAGUCCUCAAAGCAUUCGCCAACACCAACGUCGAGUUCAUCGUUGGAUUAGGAAACGAGUUCUUAUCCAAGAUGAGAGAUCCCAAUAACGCCCAAACUUGGGUCAAAACAAAUGUUCAAUCCUACUUACCUGCCACUAAAAUCACCUGCAUCACAAUCGGGAACGAAGUCCUAACAUUCAACGACACUUCUCUCAGCAACGAUCUCCUUCCUGCGAUGCAAGGAAUCCACAAUGCUCUUGUGAGCCUCAAUCUAGACAAACAAGUCAGUGUCACUACAGCUCACUCUCUAGCAAUUCUGGAGAAGUCUUAUCCUCCUUCUUCUGGAACUUUCCGAAAAGAUCUCACCGGUUGCAUCACUCAGGUCUUGAAUUUUCAUGUCAAGACUGGUUCUCCUUUUCUCAUCAAUGCUUAUCCCUAUUUCGCAUACAAGUCGAAUCCGAAGCAAGUCCCGAUCGAUUUCGUUCUGUUUCAGCCUAAUUCGGGGAUUGUAGAUCCAGUAUCGAAUCUUCAUUACGACAACAUGUUGUUUGCUCAGAUCGAUGCUGUGUACUCUGCUCUGGCAUCUUUAGGGUUUAAGAAGGUUCCAUUGCAGAUCUCCGAGACAGGUUGGCCUUCUAAGGGAGACGAAGACGAAGCUGGAGCGAAUCUAGACAAUGCGAAGAAGUAUAACAGCAAUGUGAUCAAAUUGAUUGCUCAGAAGAAAGGGACGCCUUUGAAGCCGAAUUGUGAGUUGAAUAUCUACGUGUUUGCUCUGUUCAAUGAGAACAUGAAGCCUGGACCGACAUCGGAGAGGAACUACGGCUUGUUCAAGCCAGACGGAAUGCCGGCCUAUUCACUCGGACUCGCCGGAGGUAACAUCUCGACUCCAACUACGACCACCGGAACGCCGCCGUCGGCGGCGUCGCCACUGGGAACCUCGUCGGACGGUUAUAUGUCUAUCUCUUCGGCAAUGGGAAGAUUACAUAUUGGGAGCUGCACUAGGUUCUUUUUAUGGCUGGUGGGAUUAAUAGUAAUGUUAUUAUUAGUGGCAUUUUAGUUAGUUUUGGAACUGAAUUCUAUUUAGUUUAGCCACCAUUGUUGGAGGGGAGACGCAUGCAGAAUAAUAACCGAACCACCACCAACCCACAGCCUACAGGGAGAAAGAGGAGGAGGAGAGCUUGGGAAUUCAGUAAAGCUAAAAAUUCUUUUCUUCUUCCUUUCUUCUUUCCUUUGUCCUUUUCCUUUUAUGUAAUUGUACGCAAUUAUAUUCUCUUGUUCGAUUUGGAGCUCGAGCAGUCCUGUGUUUUCGUAGAUGAUGAUGAUGAUGAUGAUUAUAAAUAAUAUUUAGUGAAUUCCCAUUAGCCGUGCCUACAUAGGAUUUGGUAGACGGGGGGGACCCUCCCAUCAACUUUCACCUCUCUUUCUUUCAAAUAAGUUAAGCAAGUAUCUUGCCCCACUUGAACAAAGAGUAAUGGAAAAAGAUGGAUUGUACCCUUUUCUGUUUU